GCUGCUUUGAAGGGAGUCGGCUGCAUUUUCAGCCCAUGAAUCACCACUUGUUUUUUUAAUGUCUGCACAUCAGACAUUGUGAGUCCACUCUUAAAAAAGGGAAGUUUUCUCCUCAGUGUGCAUCAGUCUCAUCUGGACACAGACCUGAUUUGUCUUCACCUGGUGAACUCUGAGCCACGAUGUCUACCGUCGCGGAAAUACUCACAUCUCUGAAGGUGCUCUUCACUGAAUAUGCCGGAAAAAGUGGGAACAAGGAGACUUUGAGCAAACGAGAGCUGGCGGAGAUGCUGCACAAAGAGGUUCCUGGAACAGAAGACAUGAGCAAAGCUGAAAUUAAAGAUUUCUUUGACUUGCUGGAUGAAGACGGCGACGGCGAGGUGGAUUUCAAGGAGUUUGUCAACUUCGCGGUGACCCUUAACAUGCUCUCUGAGAUGGAGUAAAUGCUUCAGACUCUUCUGUUCUUGCUUUAAUGGAUGUAUAAAUGACAAGACCAGUCACUAUCAAGAAGGAAAACCUGGUCUAGCAUCAAUCAUAGAUGGACAAAUAUGAGGCCUAACAUGCUGAAUUUGUAGAUUCUGAAUGUCAGAAGUGACCGAUGAAAAGAAUAAAAGUUAUCACGUUUUAAAA